CAACAUGUUGACUUGUAACAAGCUAGCACAGAAACUGAUUCAAAGUAGGCAUACCUUCACAUCAACUAGUGUUCGUAUGUGUGUAGAAAUGCGACAAUGUUUGUCGAAAAGGCCUCUUAAUUCAGUAGGCUAUUUGAUGUAGCCUUACAACAGACUAUAGCCUAACUGUCUCGCUGAAUCCUCGCCAGUGCACUAAUCAACAUCCAGGUCUCUGAAGUAGUUUCAGGUGGCGCUGAGUCAUGAGCAAGGCCAAGUCAUCCAGGGACAAGAGAGCCACCCAGGCUGCGCUCAGCAGGGUCACCCGCAGCUCCUCCACCCAAUCCAGGCAGACAGAUCUACUCUGGCCCCAGACCUCAGGCCCACAGGCCCAACCCAGCACCAAGCCAUUGGAAUCGGCCAUUGUUCAGGAUCUCAGUCUGAUGAGUGUCAGUGAACAGCAGGCUUCAGCAUCACGCCGAAGCAGGCCACCAAAGACGGGCACCAGUGGCACAGCGGCAGCCCCCUUUCCUGUUUCCAAACCCCUCGCCUCCCCCUCGGUCCAGGCUUCUGUCCCCAAGGGUGGCGUGGGGACCAUCGGCCGGCUCAUCAAACUGGGCCGACUGAAGAACAUCGUGGUGGUGGCAGGGGCUGGCAUUAGCACCGCCAGCGGCAUCCCAGACUUCAGGACACCAGGGACUGGCCUGUAUGCUAACCUGGAGCGCUACAACAUCCCUUACCCAGAAGCCAUCUUCAACAUAGACUACUUCUCCAACGACCCGCGACCCUUCUUUUCAUUGGCCAAGGACCUGUACCCUGGCAACCGUCGUCCCAACUACGCACACUACUUCAUCCGCAUGCUGCACCAGAAGGGCCUGCUGCUGCGCAUGUACACACAGAACAUCGACGGGCUGGAACGCAUGUGUGGGAUUCCUGCAGAGAAGCUAGUGGAGGCCCAUGGGAGUUUCGACACAGCGUCCUGCCAUCUGUGCUACACGCCGUACCCAGCAGAGGAGGCCAAGUCGGCCAUCCUGAGUGGCGUCAUCCCCACGUGUUCCUUCUGCCAAGCCACAGUGAAGCCAGACGUGGUCUUCUUUGGAGAGGACCUGCCUCAGACGUACUUCCAGCACACCACUGACUUCCCCAAAGCUGACUUGCUCUUGAUCAUGGGCACCUCUCUACAGAUUGAGCCGUUUGCCAGCCUGGUGAACACGGUGCGGCCCACAGUGCCGCGGCUGCUGCUGAAUCGUGUCGCAGUGGGGCCAUUCGAGCGCAAGCCGCUGCGGCGCGGGGACCACAUGGAACUGGGGGAUCUGAGCGAGUCAGUCCGCAAGCUCACCCAGAUCCUGGGAUGGCACCAGGACAUCCAGGAGCUCAUGUGGAGCCACGAGAACCGGUGUACUCCUCAACAAGUGGCCAUGGCAAUGGACCAUCAGCAGCAGACCUUCCCGGGCCAGGGGAGAGCCGCAGCAGAGGUGUCCGUGUCCCAUGCAUCCCGGUGGGCCAAGCCUUCCAGCCUGGGGGCCUCAGGGGCCGGAUCUGGGGCCCGCUCUGGCAGUGAAGAGUCAGACGGCUCCGAGUCGGACAGCAUGAGUACAGAGUCCUCCGGGCCUAUUAGUUAACACAUAACCACACACACACACACACACACACACACACACACACACACACACACACACACACACACACACACACACACACACACACACACACACACGCAAGCAAGCACUCUCACUUUCUUACAUACAGGCCCAUACUUGCACAAGCUCUUGCUUUCACAUAUGCACGCAUGGACACACAAAGCCAUUUUCGCAGUCAGACAGUACAGGUAUAUGAAACAUAAGCAUGUUAUAAGGAGAAUAAUGUCAUGCUUGGAAGGUUAACAGCUGCGUAGCACUUAGUAGGCUAUUUGUCCAAAUUGAGCGAUUUUAGUGUAUAUAUUUUUUAUUAUUGUGGUGUCUGAGCUAGGCUAAGCCUGUGUGAAAGGUAGACCCUUGCAUGUGUUUGCCAAGCCGAUGCAAUAAAGCCCCACAUCCAUCCUCCACACAGAAGGCAACAUUUCUGUUGGUGUGUGGCCAGUUCUCCUCCUAUGAGACAGUGGGGAGGUGCGUGCGUGCGAGCGAGAGAAUUUGUGUGGGACAGUUUGGCUGGGGGAGAAGUAGUGAAACUGGGCAGACCACUCUAAAUUAGUAUGGGAGGCAAGAGGGGUGUGUGUGCGUGCGUGUGUGCGUGUGCACGGGCACGGAGAGGGUGGAGGGGCUCCCUCAUGCCAAUAUAUGUCUCUGCAGCGCAACAAAGAACCCCAAUAUCCUGUUGUGUGUGUGUGGAGAGAGGGUUUUCUUUACAUGGAUUGCCAUUCAAAACUGCAGUUAUUCGAUUUUGCACAGCCUUGUGUGUAUGUUGUGCUCUGUGGAGUUGUUGAGGUGAAAGGCACACUAGCUAUGUUGUGUAUUGCAAUGCCUAACUGUCAUGAAUGGAAAACCGGACAAUUUUUCCAAAACGCCUCAUAAGACAGGGCAUUGCCUGAGGUUCACACUGCAUGUCUGCUUUUAUGGUCGAGCUGCUUAAUUCACUGAAAAAACUGUCUUUAUAAUGUUUGUUAAGUGUUUAAAGUUGUAAUAGGGUUUUUUGUGUAGAAAUAUAGGUGUAUUUCAAUGUUUUGUAUUUGUAUUAGUUAUACUGAUUAAAAAGUAGCAAUAAAGAUUGAACAGAAAUAAUGUGAACAUUUUUUCUAUGCGUAACAUUCGACACAUGAACUUUCUUUACUUCUAAGCCCUGCAAGUAAAAAGUGUUCAUUGUUAAUUAUUUUGGGACAUCAACUGUGCAUACCUGUAAGAAAACAAGACAUGACGCUGCAAUAUCAUGCUUUUGAUAGUGGAGCCAUUUAAAAUAAUGGGCAUUAUUUCACAAAUGAUUACUCAUUUCUAAUUACAUAUGAGCACUACUAGCAUGGUGAGAAAUUGAAUUAAGAAUGAGGUUGGUGUUGCAACUCCACUUGCCUGCCAAAGUGCAGCAACUUGGGACAACAGUAGUCUGACAUCAUCGAGGCUGACUAUGGCUGGUAAUCCCUGCCUGCGAGUUAUCAGGGGAUUGUGGACCCAUUUCCUUGCCAGAAUUCAGAUGUGUGGAAGUUACCCUACGUGUGAAAUGCACUACUAUAUUUUAUGGAAAAACAAUAGCAAAACAAAAUGGGAACCAUUGCAUUAUCUCAAAGCAGGGUGUAAGAGCAGGUUUCUUUCACACACAAAAAGCACACAAAAACGUCACAGA